AAUCAAUUACCAGAGCUCGGGCGAAAUCUUCUUCAAAUUGCGCCGCCACUGAUUUCUUCCAACUGGUGAUCUCUUGUAGCAGCAGCAGUAUUUGGCGCGCAAGAAGCCCUUUCACCCCCUGUAGUUAUUCCGCCGUAAUAAUUUGUUAAUGGGGAAAAGACGAGGAGGUGGCGGUCGUGGGACAAUUACAUCUGCGGCCCUUCUUCGGCAUAUAGAAUCGUGUAAGCUCAAGUAUCCGACCGUUGAGGAACUUGUAGAUCAUCUUCGGUCCAACUACCCACAAUAUAGUCGGCAAAAGCUUCUUCCUUUAACCAGGGCAGUUAAGAGAACGUUAGAACACAUCAAUUCGAAGGAUGACCCAUCAAGCGAUAUCACCCUGUCAAGUUCCAUAAUGGACGAAGAUGAAACUGGUCGACCGUCUCAGAAGAAGAUGAAAUUGGUGAGCCAGAGUGAAAUGCAACCCAUACAAAAGAAACGGAAAACUUUUGACCAGGAAUAUGUACAGUCUGUGACAUCCUCCUCUAAGGAAGAAGAUGGUGUUAUUUCAACAUCUGAAGAUGCUAUUUUCCCAAAAAAAAAAUUGAAAAGGAAAGAAGAAGUUGAGAAGAAGAAUAAGAGUGUUGAAUUGGAGUCUAAUAAGGCUGCUAUGAAUGUUGGUUUGCUUGGAGACAAUUCAAAUUUGGGUAUGAUAAAAGGAAAAGAAAAAAGAUUAGUUGACAUCAGUGACGAGCAGGGGGGAGGGAAGAAGGGGACGAGGUUUAGUGACCUAGGUGGAAUGUCCAGUGUUUUGAAGGAAUUGGGCGAUGUGUUGUAUUCCAUUUCGCGUCGACGUCCUUUAGAAUAUAUUGGAGGGAGUCCGAUUACUGGGAUUUUGUUACAUGGGCCGCCAGGGUGUGGAAAAACAAAGUUGGUUGAUGCCAUAGCUGUUGAGUCUGGACUGCAUUUACAUAAAAUUUCGGCUAAUGAAUUGGUUACUGGUGUUACAGGUGCAUCAGAAGAGAAUAUCCGAGUUCUUUUUGAAAAAGCUUAUAGGACAGCACCCUCGAUUGUGUUUAUUGAUGAGAUUGAUAUUAUAGCUUCAAAAAGAGACAAUUUGCAAAGGGAAAUGGAGAAAAGAAUUGUUACACAGUUAAUGACUUGCAUGGAUAUUUCACAAAGACCUUCUUUUUCUAAUGAAACUCCUUAUGUUCUUGUAAUUGGGGCUACUAAUAGACCUGACAGUAUUGAUCCUGCAUUAAGAAGACCUGGAAAGUUUGACCAUGAGUUUGCUUUAGGCGUUCCUGAUGAAAAAGCUAGGUUGGAAAUUCUUACCGUUCUUAGUCGCAAAUUAAGGCUCGGGGGUUCUUUUGACCUUUUAAAGAUAGCCCGUUCUACAGCUGGUUUUGUUGGGGCUGAUUUGGAACAACUAGCAAAAAAGGCUGCAUUUCUAGCUUUGAUGAAAUUAAGGGACAGAAAAAAAGCAGAAUGUCAGAAAGAACCUGUAGAUGAUGAUUGUAUUGAGAAAGAACCUGCAGAUUCUGAUUGUACUGAGAAAGAACCUGCAGAUGAUGAUCAGAAUAAAUAUUUUCCUUUCCAUCCUAAAGAUAUGGAAACUUUUUACAUAACAAUGACUGAUUUUGAGGAAGCAGCUAAAAUGGUCCAGCCUUCAACAAAGAGAGAAGGGUUCUCUACCAUCCCUAAUGUGAAAUGGGAAGAUGUAGGUGGGAUGGAAUCAAUAAGGAAGGAUUUUCUCGAUAUAGUUAAUCAAAUUAAGUAUCCUGAUCAUUAUAAGAGAUUUAAUUUGAAUGAGAAAGGAUUUUUACUUUAUGGACCUCCUGGUUGUGGCAAAACAUUAAUUGCAAAGGCGGUGGCCAAUGAAUCAGGGGCUAAUUUUAUACAUAUUAAGGGUCCUGAAAUAUUGAGUAAAUAUGUGGGAGAAAGUGAAAUGGCGAUUAGAACUAUAUUCCGCCGUGCAAGGACAUGUUCCCCGUGCAUACUUUUCUUUGACGAGGUGGAUGCUUUGACAACCAAUCGAGGACAUGAAGGCGGUUGGAUUGUUGCAAGACUUGUGAACCAGUUACUGUUAGAGUUGGAUGGUGGAGAUGAAAGAAAGGAUGUCUAUGUUAUUGCUGCAACAAAUAGACCCGAAGCUGUAGAUCCUGCUCUCUUGCGGCCUAAUAGACUGGGGAAAUACUUUUAUGUUCGUUUGCCUAGCCCGGAUUCCCGUGGCUCGAUUCUUAAAGCUCUCGCGCGAGACAAACCGAUAGAUCCUAGUGUCGAUUUAUUAGAAGUUGGGAAGGAUCCAGCUUGCGAUAAUUUUAGUGGAGCAGAUCUUUCUGCACUUUUGAAUUUAGCUGCACGCACUGCAAUUGAUGAAUGCAUAGGCGGCUCAGAUGUGUUCGCCAUAAAUAGAAGGCAUUUCGACAUAGCUUUCCAAAACACCUUCCCAUCUGUCUCCCUAAAGGAAAUACAAUUUUACGAUAAAUGGUCAAAAAACAAAGAAGUCAACGAACGACAACGCAGUUGAUAGAUCGCAAAUGCCACAAUUUUACGAUAAAGUUGCAUGUUUUGGUUAUAGUUUUCCUUGUGAUAUUUUGGCAUGGGUUACUUUUUUUCUUUCUUUCUUUCUUUUUGCAUUUGAAGCACAUUUUUGCAGUUUAUUUAUUUAUGGGAUUUUUUUAUGGUUAAACUCUUUGACUAUCUUUGGUUACUUUUGGACUAAUGGAUACAUCUGCAGUG